UCUCUCUCUCUCUCUCUCUCUCUCUCUCUCUCUCUCUCCGGCACGCAGUGAUGCACUGGGCCGCCGCGCUCCCGCUCGACCCCGCUCAGUCAGUGACCGCUGCCGUCAAGGUCAGGAUGGGCGCGCGCUGCAUCAUGGACCUGGUGCCGCUGGCCGCCGCCGCAGUGAUCGUCGUCGUCGUCCUGGCGCUGCCGCCGUCGGCGGCCUCGGCGUCCGGGACCAGCGGCGGCAGGCUGCACCAGCACGCCCUGGACGGCAUCUGGACGUUGACGAACAAGGCGAGAGGGCUGCAGGCGGCCGGCCGGGUGCCCGGAGGCGUCUACUCGGACCUGCGCGCCGCCGGCCACCUCCCGGAGGACCUAUUCUACCGCUUCAACGACGUGGCCUACCGCUGGCCGGCCAGGGAGAACUGGACCUACGAACGCUCCUUCCAAGUGCCUCGAGGGGCCGUGGCCAAGGCAAAGCAAGUGCUGGUGCUCCACGGUGUGGACACAGUGGCCGACGUCUACCUCAACGGCCACCUGCUCGGCCACACCGACAACAUGUUCGUGCGGUACCGCUUUGACGUCAAGGACCUGCUCAAGGAGGACGCCGCCAACCUGCUCGAGGUGCACUUCACCUCGCCGGUGCUGGCGGCCGCAGCCCGCGCCGCCCGCCAGGCCGAGCAGUACGUGGUGCCGCCGACCUGCCCGCCGGCCAACUACCACGGCGAGUGCUCCGUCAACCUGCUGCGCAAGAUGCAGGCCUCGUUCGCCUGGGACUGGGGCCCCGCCUUCCCCUCCGCGGGCCUGUGGAAGGGAGUGGCGCUCGAGGCGUACGACGAGGCCGUGCUCCGGGACGUGGGCUUCGACGCGAGCCCCGGGGCGAGCGGCGCGUGGGAGGCGCGGGUGCGCGUGCACUGGGAGGCGGGCGCCGGCGCGCGCCCCGCAGCACCCGCGGCCACCAGCGCCGUGCUCUCCGUGGUCCUCGCCCCAGCCGACGGCGGCGCCCCCAUCGCCUCCAAGGACGUCCCCGUCACGCUGGUCCCGGACGCCCACGGCCUCGGACACACGGACGUCGGCCUCUCCGUGCCCCGGGUGAGUCACGCAGGCGUUCGGCGCAACACCUGCACGCCCCCGAAGUAUUUUAAUUUGGUCAAAUGACACCCCGUAUCACUGUUUGGGGUUCGUCGUCGCUUGAACGGGUGGUCUUUCCUUUAAAAUGCGUUUUCGGCAUGAUCGAAUACUUCGUCCUGUAAAAUGAAACAGCCUAAUGGUGCCCGACCACGCCCCGCCGCGC